AUGUCGGAAUAUGCCUACCUCUCGCCUGCGAGCAGCUCAUCGCCCUCUGAGACCAUGCCAUCACCAUCCAACGCUCAGGCGAGAUCUGGAAAUAGACGGAGCCAUACAAAAUCUCGGAUGGGCUGUUUGACUUGUAAACGACGACACAUCCGAUGCGACGAGAGUUAUCCCCAGUGCCAAAACUGCACAAAGCACAAAGUCAAAUGUUCGUUCCACGAUACGCCAUUGCAAGAAGAGCUGUUAGUGCAAAUGCUACCGCAAGACCAGCAAAUUCGACCCUCGUCAGCGCCCAAGUCCCGACGGCCGUGGUCAGCCAAAGCUAGGGCAGAGGUGAGGCAGUGGCGGAGGACAGGGUCAAUGCCCAUCCCAGAUGCGCGAAUUAGAAUCUUCUUGCAACCGACAAUAUACUCCGAAGACGAUUUAUGUUUUAUUUACCAAGCUGCAAGCAACCAGCACAGACUUACGAAGAUGGGCGUAAACGAUUUGACCAUCAUAUCUUCUUAUUUGCCAAGCUUCUUCCGCAUUAUUUCCUCAUCUCGAUUGGCGAUGAAUGGAGUUCUAGCUCUUUCAGCGUACCAGGUCGCCUCAGUUACUCAUUGCCAACAUGCCCGAAGAAAAGAAUAUCAAUAUCAGAUGCUGGCCAUCCAAGACCUCAGGAAGUGCCUUUCCAACUUUGGCCCUGAGCAUGCAGACGGGGCACUGGUUGCGUCAAUGGCACUUCUGUGGCUUUGUGAAGAUAUGCUUAGGACAAGUCGAAGACAGAUCUCUGAAGGAAUUUCUGCUAUAAUACAAGCCUGCCGCAGGUUGGGUCACCAAUCUGCGUUUUACCAUAUGAUUGCCAAGGCUUGGCACCCACCGUCUCAUUGGCACACCAGCCAAAAGCCGAGUAGCGAGAGAUUCAACAGGUUGCACCACAUCAUAAGCGAGAUGCACAAGUUUAGGGCCAUCCUCAAAGAACAGGAACCCGACGGCGACACAUGGCGUCAGCUGCGGCUACUCAUCACUUUGGCGGAGGAUCUAACCAAAAUCGAUUCUUCAACGCCCGCGGAGAAGCAGUUCGAACGGAUCAGAAUGCUACGAGACUACAAACUGUGGCUGCCCCUGAACGACUUAUUGGCCGGAAAGAACGUCUCCGGCACGUUGAUGGUCAACGCCUACUUAUAUACCAUAGCUCUGUUUGCCCAGCGGCAUUCAGCUCAAGCCUAUAUGAUCGAUAUGGGAGUUGACUUACGGGGUUUGCUGGAGGAGACAUUACGACAGGUUGCUCCUAUAAAAUCACAUGCUGGUUUGAUUCAUAGUCUUAGGGCUCUUGCAUCCUCCAUCUAA